CACGUGCUGCCUGUGGUGGGGGGGGCCCCCCGGUGGGAGAGCUGGAGCCCGCGCCUCCUGCCCCAUCCACUGCUCUGUGCUCCGCUCCCUGCCUUACCUGCUGCUCUGCUUUCUGCUCCGUGUCUCAUCGACUGCUCUGCGUUCUGCUUCCUCCCCUGCACCUCUUGCCCCAUCGGCUGCUCUGCUCUCCACUCUCUGCCCCGUCACUUGCUCUGCCCCAUCAGCUGCUCUGCGUUCUGCUCCCUGACCCAUCGAUUGCUCCGAGCUCUGCUUCCUCCCUUGCAUCUCCUGCCCUGUGCUCCCCGCCCACCCUGUCUGCUGCUCCGCUUUCCACUCCCUGUCUUGCACCUCCUGCCCCGUCGGCUGCUCUGCCCUCUGCUCCCUUUGCUGCCCCUGCCCCGGGUCGGUCACCCCCGAGCUGGCGUGCGCUGUGACGGGCAGACGGACCAGGCCAGGGGAACGGACCUGCCCGUGUGGUGUUGCCUGCCUGGCACCGGUCUCCAAGGCUAAACCAGGCUUGCUGUUGGUUUCCCCCCUGCAGCUCCGAGCACUGGAGGCACCGGCUGCUCCCGGCCCUAGGGCAGACCUGGCUGAGGCUGCAGUGAUCUGACUCGGGUUGGGGACCAGGACGCGUGCCGGAUUGUGCACCUGGCUCAGUGGGGCAGCAUUGCCUGGACACUCAGCGUAGCUGACACCUGGUUUCCUCCCCAAACUCUUCACAACAGGCCAUGCUGCUGUCACCCUGCGACUGCCGUGGUGCUUAGUCCGGGACAGAUGAGGUGGCUGGAAGCCAGGCCAGCAACCUGCUGCCUCAUGUCUGAUCCGUGUUCGCUGCCGCUCAGUUUUCACGUGGAGCCUGAGGGUCUGGCUUUGACCAGAGUAAAGCGAACAAAGCUGAAAUGGAGCAGAAAGCAGAGCAGGGUGGCAACCUUGUAGACUAGCUCUGGAGUAGCCACGUGGCACAGGCAGCCUCUGUGUGGCACAUGGCAGACCAGGGCAAGAACUGGUAUCAUAAGGGCAAAUAGGGCAGGGAGACAAAGCUUAAAUAACAGCAGAUCAGGUUGGGGAGCACAGAACAGGGAGCAGAAAGCAGAGCAGCAGACUGGCUUAGGGGUACAGGGCAGGGGACAGAAAGCUGAGCAGCCGAUCUGGCAGGGGAAGGGGGGGGGAGUGGCACUCUGGGAGUGUGUGGGAUUAAUUUGUGGCAUGCCUGCCAAAAAGAUUGGCCCUCCGCUGAAAUGCCUUGUUCAGAGAGGCAGGAGCAUUCAUGGGCUACAGCCUACUUUAUGAAACGGUUUUGGCAUCUUCUCAUUUGAGAAACUGGGGCUGGCACAGAGGCAAUAAGGAGUGGGAGUCUAAGCAUAAAACGUAGAGCACGGUGGAGACAUUUUCUGCGCGGAGCUCAGGACCUUGGAGCGCUGCCUCUGAUUUCCAGGGAAGCUUUUAGCAAGUUGCGUAAUUGUUGUGCCUUGAUUUCUCUGUCCGUAAUAUGUAGAUAAUGCUUUCCUACCUUGUUUAGUGCCACGAGCCUUAAUUGCUGUUUGUAAAGGGCUUUGCCAUCUACUUGGAAAUAAAAAAAAUACCUUGGAGAGCAAAGAGAGGUAUUUUCUUAGGGAUUACAUUCGUCUGCAGAAAGGUCUGCAAAUCUCAUUACUUCUUUUUCCUACCUCCCUGCUAUUUACCCAAGUCGCAGACAUUUUACUGAACAUAUUCUAAACAUGUUAGAUGAAUGGUACCUUGUAGUUUAGCUUUCCCUUCACCCUUAAUCUUUGUUAGGUGCUGAGUAUCUGUGAUCAUUUAAUGAAUAUAAAAUCAAUCCAGCACUUUUCUGGGAAUAAGGGAAAUGAAACCGCUGUGUAGCAGCAUAUAGAAAGCUGAAUGGAGGGAUUUAAAAGAAAGGAAUAUAGCUGCUGACCAGAUGGAAAAGACUUAAUUCAAUCUGGGGCAUUUCUGACAAACCAGAGUUCAUAACAGGGUCAGAGAUCUCGAUCUGAAAAAACUGACUAUAGUUACUGACUGGAUUCUGUAUAUAUGAUUUUAAAUGGCAUAACUGUGAUGUGAAGGCAUGUAUGGGGUUUCAAAGAGAAUAAAAGUGUAACCACUUACUGCAGCUUUUAAAAACCCUGAUACAAAACUCCAAAAAAGCACUUGUAUACCUCCCUCAGCUUGGGUCUUAGUACAACUUUGCAUUUUUAAAGGUACUUAUCCCAGACUGCUAAAGGAUUUUACAGUAAAACCAAUGACACAGGGUGGGGAAACCAAGCACAGAAUGCUUGCCACAUGCUCACAGAGCAAUUUAGUGGAAGAUAAACUCUCAAGAGUCCUGAAUCCCAGUGCUCAGGUCAUUAAAUUAAAUUGAUGGUUGAUUUCUCUAACUGCAUCUGGAGCCUAGGAAUUUAAAAUGCUAGAACAGGUGUUACUAUUUGUGCUUCCAAGUGUACUACUGAGAAUUCUGCUCUUUCAUAAUGGAUGGGGGCCAUGUGGCUUGGUUCCAUGCAGAAGAGAGGUACACGAGGGGGUAGACUUCAUAAUAGAUUUCCUCUUCAGUUUUUUUACUGCCUUUGUCUCUAUGUUGAACUGACAAACCAAAGCUUUCCUUUUUUGCAUUUCAAAGGAAAUGCAGUCAUGUUUUGGAAUUAGAAUUUCUGGAUGCAUUUUGAAUGUGCAGUGGAAAUUCUUAACUGGGUUUUCUCUGUACUUAUUCUUCAUCCAAAUCUAGUCGUGACUGCCCCCCAGGUGAGCACAGUUGCAGCAAGAUGCGCAUCCAAGAAAGCCGGGAGCAGCCCAAAAAACAAGGGUGGUCACAGAGUUGGGAAGCGGUAUGGAUGGAAGAAACAAGAUGGUGUCUUUGUUCACGCGGGGAAUAUCUUGGCCACGCAGAGGUUGAUUCGCUGGCAUCCAGGGGCUCAGGUGGGAAUAGGCCAUAACAAUACUCUGUAUGCUCUGGAGGACGGGAUCGUGCGAUACACCAAGGAGGUCUAUGUGCCACCCCCACGCAGCUAUGAGACCAAGCACGUGAUCCGUCAGCUACCCAGGGGGGCCAUUCUUUACAAAACCUUCAUCAACGUCAUCCCUACUGAAGAAGUAGGCAGCUUCAAGCUAAUCACCAUGCUCUGAGACUGCUGCCUUGCAUUGCUGCUGGGGACAGAGCACUGUGGCAAAGCUGGUGCCCAGCCCUGGAUGUCUGGAGUCUUAGGAAAGGAUUGCUCUAGACUUGAAGAGACUUACAGGGGACUUCACUUCUUCGAUUCAGGACUGUUCUGGGUGCAGGUCUGAGCUAGAAGGUAACGGGGUGCCUGAUGAUGCUUGUUGGAAUAUAUCUAAUAAAUAUGAUGGAUUUUC